AUAAGUCAUCCCGGAAAACAAAAAAACUGCCUGUUCUAACUGUUAAAAGAAUUGAAUAUCUUUCUACAAUUGAUGGUGUAAAUAAAAGUGUGAACAUCUAUGUCUGCUGCUAUUGUAAUAAAAAGUUUGGACUAGAACAUAAUAAGAAGGAACAUGAAAAAAUCUGCAGUCGCAAUAUGGUGUUGAACAAAAGGAUAUUAUGUGACAGAUUUUUUUGCGACAACUGCGGCAGUAGCUUUAAAGAUAAAUAUAGUUUAACCAUGCAUAUAACAUCCAAUUGCUGCAAAAUCUACGAGUGCAAAAAAGAUGAGAAAGAGAUCGCCAAUGAAAUGCCAGUUUUAAAAACAAAAGGAUUUGAAAAUCCAACUCCAUUGAAAGAAGAUAAUGACAAUAUAAAAAUCCAUUUAUGCCGCUUUUGUAAUCGAAAGUUUAAUGUUAAAGCUAGAAAGGACCAACAUGAAAAAUUCUGCACUCGCAAUCCAACGAUUGACAAAAGCAUAUUUCGCGACAGAUUUUGUUGUGACAACUGUGGUAGCAGCUUCAAACAAAAACAGGCUUUAGACGCCCAUGAAAAAUCAAAUUGCUGCAACACACCCAAGUGCAAAAAAGAUGAGAAAGAGAUCAUUAAUGAAAUGCCAGUUCCAAAAACAAAAAAAAUUGAACAUCCAACUCCAUUAAAAGAAGAUAAUGACAGUACGAACAUCCAUUUGUGCCACUUUUGUAAUCGAGAGUUUAAAGUUAAACAUAGAAUGGACCGACAUGUAAAUAUCUGCACUCGCAAUCCAACGAUUGACAAAAGCAUAUUUCGCGACAAAUUUUGUUGUGACAACUGUGGCAGCAGUUAUAAACAAAAACAGACUUUAGACGCCCAUAAAAAAUCAAAUUGCUGCAACACAGCCAAGUGCAAUAAAGAUCAGAAAGAGAUCACCAGUGAAGUGCCAGUUUUAAAAGCAGAAAAAAUUGAACAUCCAACUCCAAUAAAAGAAGAUAAUGACAAUACGAACAUCUAUUUAUGCCGCCUUUGUAAUCGAAAAUUUGAAGAUAAAAGUAGAAAAAAUAAACAUGAAAAAAUCUGCACUUGCUAUCGAAAAACGAAGAAAAUAGUGUUACGUGGUAGAUUUUGUUGUGUCAACUGUGAUCGUAGCUAUAAACAUGAAUGCAAUUUAUACACCCACAUGAAAUCCUAUUGUGAUAACGAACCAGAAAAGUGCAAAAUAUGUAACAAAAUUUUUGCAAAUCUACGUAUUUUAAAGUAUCAUAUUAACAAAGACCACUAAA